AUGGACCCCCACCAGACUCCAUUUGAGUAUAGUCAGGCUGGGGACCUAAUUGUCGGAGCAAUUGUUUCUGUAGUUAGCAGCAUGUUUGAUGAAAUAUCUUUCGAGGAAUAUCCAGAAAUGAAGGCUUCAGACGAACACAUCUCCACACCAAAGGCCUACCAGCAGGUUCUGUCCUUGGUAUUUGCUGUGAAUGAAAUCAAUGAAAAUCCCAAGGUUUUAGCAAACAUCAGCCUUGGGUUCUAUAUAUGUGACAGCUACUUCAAUACAAGGAUGGCCUAUCAGAACACCAUGAAACUUCUAUCUGCAUGGAAUAAGAUUGUUGCCAAUUACAACUGUGACAAGUCAAAGAAUCUGAUAGCUGUCAUUGGUGGAAUUGACUCUGAAAUCUCACUUCAAAUGGCAAAUAUCCUAGGCGUCUACAAGAUUCCACAGAUUGCCUACUGCAUCUUUGUUCCAAUGGUAAAUGCCAAAACUCAGCUGCCUUCUUUCUACCGGAUGGUCCCCAAUGAAGCACUGCAGUACACAGGGAUUGUCCAACUCCUUUUGCAUUUUCAGUGGACAUGGGUUGGGAUCAUGGCAGCAGAUGAUGAUCGGGGAGAAACAUUUGUGCAGACCAUGAAACCAAUGCUUUUCUUGUACGGCGUCUGCGUAGCAUUUACGGCAAAAAUACCAAUCAUGUUCUAUACUGUGAACCUGAUUGGAUAUUUAAGAAGCAUGAAGACUGUUACCUUUUCACUAAUGGAAUCCUCAAUCAAAGUAUUUGUUGUAAACUCAGACCAUAAGACAAUGUCCUGUUUCAAGUGGCUGCUGUAUAUGAAUUCGCUGUCAGAAGGCAUCAGAGUGACAUCCAUGGGGAAAGUGUGGGUAAUGACAGCUCACUGGGAUUUUUCCUCAAUGACCUUUCACAGAGGUUUUGAUAUCAAUGUCUUCCAUGGGGCCUUAUCUUUUGCCAUUCAUUCAAAUGAAGUGGGGACGUUUCCAGAUUUCCUUCAUCUCCUACAACCUAAUUCACAACAUGGGGAUGGUUUUAUCAAAAUCUUCUGGCAACAUGCAUUCAACUGCUUAUUUGAGGAUUCCAGCGAGGAGAUGAAUGAUACUUGCACAGGGCAAGAGAAGCUGGACAGUCUACCUGGGAUUUUUUUUGAAAUGAGGAUGACUGGCCAAAGCUACAGCAUUUACAACUCAGUUUACGCUAUUGCAUAUGCUUUACAUAAGAUAUACUCAUCUCGGGCCAAAAGCAGAGCAAUAGCAGACAAAAGUAGAACUUAUCUAUCAAAUCUGCAAUCUUGGCAGCUUCACCCUUUCCUGAGGAGUAUCUCAUUUAACAAUAGUGCUGGAGACAUGGUAUAUUUUAAUGAGAACGGCGAGCUGGCAGCAGAAUUGGAUAUUGUAAACUGGGUUACUUUCCCCAAUCAAUCUUUUUUAAGAGUGAAAGUAGGGAGGAUGGAUCCACAGGCUUUACAAGGCGGAGAGUUUAGCAUUAACGAGGAGGCCAUCACAUGGCACAACGGGUUUAAUCGGGUGAUGCCCCUUGCUGUGUGUAAUGAUAACUGUCAUCCUGGACACAACAAACAGAAGAGGGAGGGAGAACCAUUUUGUUGCUACGAUUGUCCUCCAUGCCCAUUUGGGAAGAUUUCAGACCAGAAGGACAUGGAUGAUUGUUUCAAAUGCCCAGAAGAUCAAUAUCCAAGUAAGAACAGAGAUCAGUGCCUUCCCAAAACUCUAAACUUCCUCUCUUUCACAGAACCUUUAGGAAUCACUUUGGUUUUCUUGGCACUGUUUUUUUCUCUGAUGACAUCUUUGGUGCUGGGAAUUUUCAUUAAGAAUCAAAACACGCCAAUUGUCAAAGCCAACAAUCGGAAUCUCACGUUCUCUCUGCUCCUUGCCCUUCUGCUCUGCUUCCUCUGCUCCUUGCUAUUCAUUGGCAAGCCUCAGACAAUGACCUGCUGUUUACGGCAAACAACAUUUGGUGUCGUCUUCUCAGCAGCUAUUUCUUGUGUGUUAGCAAAAACCAUCACCGUGGUUCUGGCAUUCAUGACCACCAAGCCAGGAAGCAGGAUAAAGAAAUGGUUGGGGAAAAGACUGGCAACCUCUAUUGUGCUUUGCUUUUCACUUAUUCAAGCCAGUAUUUGUGUUGUAUGGCUGUCUACAUCACCCCCAUUCUCUGAUUCUGACAUGGGCUCUCUGGCGGAAGAAAUCAUAAUGGAGUGCAAUGAAGGAUCAGUGAUUAUGUUUUAUGGCAUGCUAAGUUACCUGGGAUUCCUGUCAAUUGUCAGCUUCACUGUGGCUUUCCUAGUUAGGAAGCUACCUGGCAAUUUCAAUGAAGCCAAGUUCAUCACCUUCAGCAUGUUGGUCUUUUGCUGUGUCUGGUUGUCCUUUGUUCCAUCUUACCUGAGUACUAAGGGGAAAUAUAUGGUGGCUGCAGAGAUAUUUUCCAUAUUGGCCUCUAGCGCAGGAUUGCUGUGUUUUAUCUUUCCCCCCAAAUGCUACAUAAUUAUCCUGAGGCCUGAUUUAAACAGCAAGGACCAGAUUAUAAGAAGAACAUUCUAA